GUAGAUUUGCCGUAGCCCCACCCAACCAGACACUGGCCCGCCUCCUGGUUCUCAUUGGCCCCAAGGACCACCCGGCAGCCCUGAGAUUGGCCAGACCGGCAGCCUGCCCCGUCCAAUGGGCAGCGGCGCCUCCUUUCCCGCGGCCGUUCGCAGUUCGAGUGGGUCUCGGCGGCGGCGCCGGUUGAGGAGUGUAACGGUCACCCAGCUCCGACGCGACGAUGGCGACCUUAGGGCCUGGAGGCUAUGCGCGGAACGAUGCGGUUGACAAGCUGCCAUCCGUCCUGGCCGGAGUUCCGGCGCGGAGGGUCCAGUCCUCCCCGCCCCCCGCCCCGCCGCUCUGCCUCCGGCGGCGGACGCGACUCACCGCGGCGUCGGACGACACCGUGCAGAACCGGGUGUCCCUCGAGAAGGUGCUUGGCAUCACAGCGCAGAACAGCAGUGGCAUAACUUGUGACCCUGGCACAGGCCACGUGGCCUACCUGGCAGGCUGUGUGGUGGUGAUUUUGGACCCCAAGGAGAGCAAGCAGCAGCACAUUUUAAAUACAGCCAGAAAGUCUCUGAGCGCGCUGGCCUUCUCCCCCGACGGCAAGUACAUAGUGACAGGAGAGAAUGGCCACAGGCCCGCCGUGCGCAUUUGGGAUGUGGAUGAGAAGAGUCAGGUGGCAGAGAUGCUGGGCCACAAGUACGGUGUGGCCUGUGUGGCCUUCUCCCCCAAUAUGAAGCAUAUCGUGUCCAUGGGCUACCAGCAUGACAUGGUGCUUAACGUCUGGGACUGGAAGAAAGACAUUGUCGUGGCCUCCAACAAGGUGUCGUGCAGGGUCAUCGCCCUGUCCUUCUCCGAAGACAGCAGCUAUUUCGUCACUGUGGGGAAUCGGCAUGUGAAGUUCUGGUUCCUGGAGGUCUCCACUGAAGCAAAAGUGACGGGCACAGUGCCCCUCAUUGGGCGCUCUGGCAUCCUCGGGGAGCUGCACAACAAUAUCUUUUGCGGUGUGGCUUGCGGUCGUGGCCAGACAGCAGGCAGUACCUUCUGUGUGUCCUAUUCGGGCCUCCUCUGCCAGUUCAAUGAAAAGAGAGUGCUGGAGAAAUGGAUCAACCUGAAGGUCUCCCUGUCUUCCUGCCUCUGUGUUAGCCAGGAUCUCAUCUUCUGUGGCUGCACAGAUGGGAUAGUUCGCGUCUUCCAGGCCCACAACCUGCACUAUCUCACCAACCUGCCCAAGCCGCACUACCUUGGAGUGGAUGUGGCCCAGGGGCUGGAGCCCAGCUUCCUUUUCCACAGGAAGGCUGAUGCAGUCUACCCAGAUACUGUUGCCAUGACCUUCGACCCCCUCCACCAGUGGCUGUCCUGUGUGUAUAAGGACCACAGCAUCUACGUCUGGGAUGUCAAAGACAUCCACAAAGUGGGCAGGAUGUGGUCAGAGCUCUUCCAUAGCUCCUACGUCUGGAACGUGGAGGUGUACCCUGAGUUUGAAGAUCAGCGAGCUUGUCUGCCAUCGGGAUCUUUCCUGACUUGCUCCUCUGACAACACUAUCCGCUUCUGGAACAUGGGAAGCAGCCCUGACUCUCACUGGCAGCAAAACAUCUUUAGCAAUACCCUGCUGAAGGUUGUGUAUGUAGAGAACGACACCCAGCACCUGCAGGACCUGUCACACUUCCCAGACCGGGGCAAUGAGAACGCAACGCCCGUGGAAGUGAAAGCCGGAGUGCGAGUCAUGCAAGUCAGUCCUGAUGGCCAGCACUUGGCUUCCGGCGACCGAAGUGGAAAUCUGAGGAUUCACGAGCUGCACUUCAUGGAUGAGCUGAUUAAGGUGGAGGCCCACGAUGCCGAGGUGCUAUGCCUGGAGUACUCGAAGCCCGAGACAGGGCUGACCUUGCUGGCCUCGGCCAGUCGGGACCGGCUGAUCCACGUGCUGAAUGUGGAGAAGAACUACAACCUGGAGCAGACACUCGACGACCACUCGUCCUCCAUCACCGCCAUCAAGUUUGCUGGCACCAGAGACAUCCAGAUGAUCAGCUGUGGGGCCGACAAGAGCAUUUACUUCCGCAGCGCCCAGCGGUCUUCAGAUGGGCUGCAUUUUGUCCGGACCCACCACGUGGCCGAGAAGACCACUUUGUACGACAUGGACAUUGACAUCACGCAGAAGUACGUGGCGGUGGCCUGCCAGGACCGCAAUGUGAGGGUCUACAACACUGUGAACGGGAAGCAGAAGAAAUGCUACAAGGGUUCCCAGGGUGAUGACGGGUCCCUGCUGAAGGUUCACGUGGACCCCUCAGGCACCUUCUUGGCCACAAGCUGCUCAGACAAAAGCAUCUCGGUGAUUGACUUUUACUCGGGCGAAUGUGUUGCCAAGAUGUUUGGCCAUUCAGAAAUUGUCACUGGCAUGAAGUUCACCUAUGACUGUCAUCACCUGAUCACGGUGUCUGGAGACAGCUGCGUAUUCAUCUGGCACCUGGGCCCAGAGAUGACCAACUGCAUGAAGCAGCACCUGCUGGAGAUUGACCAUCAGGAGCAGCAGCAGCACACUAAGAACCGGAAGUGGAGCUGCCAGCCCAGGCAGGAGACCUUCGUAUCCAUGCCCAGUGAGGUUUGCUCCCUAAGCCCCGGAGAGCAGACCGAGGAUGAACUGGAGGAAGAGUGUGAGCCGGAAUUGCUGAAGACACCCUCAAAGGAGAGCUUGGACCCAGAUCCUCAGUGCCUGCUGACCAAUGGCAAGCUGCCACUCUGGGCAAAGCGGCUGCUGGGAGAUGAUGAUGUGGCAGAUGGCCCCACCUUCCACACAAAGCGCAGCUACCAGCCACAUGGUCGCUGGGCGGAGCGUGCCGACCACAAGCCCCUGAAGACCAUCCUGGAUGCCCGGGAUCUGGAUUGCUAUUUUACCCCCAUGAAGCCUGAGAGCCUAGACGACUCCAUUCUGGACACAGUGGAGCCCCAGAACCUGGCGGGCCUCCUGAGUGAGUCCGAGAGCCCCCAAGAGGGAGGUUGCAGGCGCGCCUCCUUCCUGCCCCAGAAGAGGGACUUGCCUGAGGCCAGUGAGCGUAUCACCUGUCCCCCCGAGGAGAAGACAGUCUCAGCAACAGGCAGUGAGUGCCACAAAGAGGCAGAGGGGACACCCGGAGACCAGCAAGGCGACUCUUACCUCAGGGGCUCCUCUGUGGACUUCAAGGACCAGAGCUUGCCUGAGGAUUCAGGGGAGUCUGAGGCUGAGCUGGAGGGUAACUUGGAGUGUAGCUUCACCACCAUUCAUCCAUCCCCUCCACUCUUGGACCCGGACGCUCGAUUUCACACCACAAUGCCCCCCACUCCCGGCUGCCCAGGUACCGCCGAAGAGCCGGCCCGGCCUGAGGCGCCAGGCCUCGCCAGCAGCUCCCUGCCGCAGACUCCGGAGCAGGAGAAGUUUCUCCGCCACCACUUCGAGACACUCACUGACGCCCAUCCUGAGGAGUUUUUCCAUGGAUCGCUGCGAGACGAGCCCUGUGACCCCGAGGAUUUCUUCUUUAACCACCGCCUGAGCAUUUCAGCCCAGUUCCUCUCUGGCCUCCAGAAGACCUCCACGUUCUCACACAUCUUCCCUUCACGGCUGCCUCUCCACCUCCUGAAGUCCCCAGAUGUCCAAGUUCCUGGCCAUGGCGGCAGCCAGCCCAGAGCAGAGCCUCUGAAAGCUUCCCCAGGCGACACCAGCGUGCCUUCCGGGGCAAAGGCUGAGGAGCUUCUGGAGAGUCCAGAGACCUGGUGCCCUUUGACCCCCAGCCUUCUGGGCCCUGCGCCCAGGAUCCCCUCCUCAGUGCCUCCCGGAGACCGGAAGCCUCUGGCACCUACCGCUGUGCCCACUCCCGGCAUGGCUCAGAGUGUCCACACCCCGUGCACCUGUUCCCCCACGGAGGCCACUGCCAGCUCCUGUACCAAGAUGUCACACAGCACAUCCCUGGAGGACAGAGAGGCCCCUGCACUCCCUGAGCUAGCUGGGUCCCUGCGGGUGCCCUUGCCCUCGGGGGAGUUGGCCCCCCAUAUCCAGGAGCACCGCCUACCUGCCACAGUCGCCCCUGACUCAGACAGCAAGGGCCCAGAGCUGCCACAGCGCUCCUGGGGCAACCACGAGGCCCGCGCCAGCCUGAAGCUGACCCUGCCAGGCAUCUGUGACAGACUCUUGCUUCCUUCACCCCCACUGGAGCCGCACCCCACAUGUGUCCGGUCCCCAGAGCCCAUGGACAUCCAGCCCAAUGUCACAGUCAUGGCAGCUCGCCUCCCAGGGAGCAGCCCCGUGGAUGGGAGCACCCCAAGGCUCCCCAACACUACCUUCCUCCCAAAGCGCCUGGACCCCGAGUCCCUUAAGUCCCGUACCUGCCCCAGCAGCCCCGUGCCUCCAGAGGCCAGACCUGGGGUCCUGGGUAGUUUGACCUCCCUGGAGCCCAGCCCUGGCGCACUCGGUAGGAUCCCAGCCAGCCCUGAACAUUGGGGGGAGCCCCCUGCCCCUCCUGAGCUGAGCAGUGUGGGGGCCAUCGUGCACAGGCUGCAGACCGCCUUCCGGGAAGCACUGGCCCUCUACCACCAGGUGGCCCCCAGGGACCAGGACUGCACCACCGAGCAGCAGCAGGCGCACGCCGAGCUGACGUCCACCUUCCUCUGGAUCCACAGCCAGUUAGAGGCCCACAGCGGGCUGCUGAAGACUGAUGCGACCCCAGCCCAGGUCCCGAACAGCCAGGGCUCGCCCUCGCCCCCCAUGCUGUGCCCCUUGGCCAGCCCAGACUUACACGCCCUCCUGGAACAUUACUCUGAGCUCCUGGUGCAGGCAGUGCGCAGGAAGGCACGGGGGGACUGAAAGCCGAGUGCUAAACA